AUGCCAGACUUUACGAAGUGUCCGUUUAAUACAGAAAUUGUAUGGAAAUGGCAAUACUACGGUUCCACGUUUUUCCACAUAAGACAUUGCAGUCAUUCCAAAAUUGGUCGCGAGUGUAUCAUUGCGAUCAACAAAAAUGGCGUUCAUUUUCUGGACUUUCAAACAAAAGAAACACUUUUGAGUUUUUCUUACAAUGAAGUCAUUUCAACUCGACUUUUGAUAUCUGGAGAGCGAAGGAGACAAUAUCUUGACUUGAAAUGUGGUAAUCUGAUGGUUCAGAAAAUGACAAGAAUUGAAACUACUCUUGUAAGUUAUUAGUGAGAUCUCAUAAAACCAUUCGGUAGUUGUUUAGGUUUAAAAUAUGCAAGAUAACGUGUGUCAGUGUAUGUAGUGAUGAAUGAACAACAGAGAACGAGAACAGUCUUUACACUAACUAAAA